AAGCCACAAUUCGACCAAGAGGCUGACGCGGAAAUCUAAAAGCGCUUCGUUUUUUCAACACCCGGCAUGUAAAUACCACUUUGUUGCGCUUUACAUAGAUAACGCAAACUCACGUUUAAUGAUUAGUACGGCUCGUUUAGAUGUGUCCGAGCCCUGCAGCGCUUUAGUAUUAGUCGGAAGCUUGCUUACGAGUGGCUGAGGCGUGUGUCCUGUUAUGAAUUGAACGGCUGAGAUGCUGUCCACCGCUCCACAGCUGCGGCUGCUGCCGCUGCUAUUGUCUUGUGUAACUCUUGUUUUACUUUUUCAAGUCACCGACGCCAAGAGAGAUUUAAAAAGCGCCUGUGUGACCUGUCAGCAAAUUACUGACAACUUCAACAAGGGCUUUGACAGAACAGCGAAGCAGGGCUUCGGUGGAGGCAACACAGCCUGGGAGGAGAGAAAACUGUCUAAAUAUGAGACGAGCGAGAUCCGUCUGAUGGAGAUCGUGGAGGGCCUGUGCGACAGCAGCAGCUUCGAGUGCAACCGCAUGCUGGAGGAGCACGAGGACCUUUUCGAAACUUGGUGGUUCAAGAGGAAAACAAAACAUCCUGAUCUUCAUAAAUGGUUCUGCGUUGAAACCAUCAAAGUGUGCUGUCCAAAAGGAACAUUUGGACCCGACUGCAAUUCCUGUGUGGGGGGCUCUGACAGACCCUGUCAUGGAAACGGGAUGUGCGAUGGCGACGGGACUCGCGGAGGAAACGGAAAGUGCAGCUGUGACCACGGUUACGAAGGGGAGUCCUGCCAGGACUGCAUCGACGGCUACUUCAACGAAGUGAGGAACGACACCUUCUCUCUGUGCACAGGAUGCCAUGAGUCCUGCAAAACCUGCUCUGGAGCGACCAAUCAGGACUGUGAUGAGUGCAAGGAAGGCUGGGAGGAGGAUGACCAGGAAGCUUGUGUCGAUGUAAACGAGUGCUCCAAAGAUCCUCCUCCAUGUGAAGAAGAUCAAUACUGCCUUAACACGGACGGCUCCUACUCCUGCAAGGCCUGCAACAAAGUGUGUGCCGGCUGCACUGGGGCUGGUCCUGAUAACUGCCAGGCCUGUGCCAGUGGGUACCAGGACACAGAGGGCACCUGCACAGACAUCGACGAGUGUUCUCAGCCAGAGUCCGUGUGCAGCGAGGAGCACCAGGAGUGUAUCAACAAUAAAGGUAGCUAUGUGUGCAUCUGCUCAAAAGGCUACCAGGAGGAAGACGGCAAGUGUAUCGAAACACCACAGUCAGAAAAAGACGAAGAGUCAGAAGAAUCCGAGGCAACCGCAGGCCAACACGGGGAGCUUUGAUGUUUAAAAAAAAAAAACAAACUGACCAAUGGGAGUGAAUCAUGAAGAGGAUCUGCUCAUUUUUUAAAAUGAAUGACAACAUGCACUUAAAGUACCAGCUGCACUUAGAACCAACAGACGCUGCUCCAGUCGUGGAUUGUGGAUUGUGGAUUUAAGGACAUAAAAAAAAAACCAGAGAGACAUUUAAUGCUCUCAGUACGCUGGUCGUUGUUGCUUCUCUCUGCUGUGCUCAAACCUACCACUUGAUGUCUUUAUUUGUUGUAUGGUUUUAAAAUCAAAGGUGUUUCAAUAAAGAUGAAUCAUGUUCAAUUUAAGAUAAA